AUGGUCAAACUGCACAGAUGUGCUAACGGGUCUGGCUCUAUACUGCUGGCAAAUGCCUUUCCGAGUCAUAGGGUGCAGAAGUUGCUAAACUGCUCGCAAUACGAAGAUGUUUUAAAGAAGGUGGACGUAGAAGGACUGUUUCUACAAUUAAAUGAAGAUGGUUCGCCUCUCAGACAGGUUUUCCUUGCUAUGACGCAGAAAGAAGUGUUAAUUGUGGAGCAGGAAAUACCGGGUUUUAAACCAACUGCGCACGGAGAAAUUGACACGGACACUGAAGGCCUUUCUGUUGACGAAUUACUACCACUUUCCACCAUACGUUUUCUUAUUUUAGACGAUAUCACAAAAUACCUCACUAUCAUAACGUACACCGGGCAGAAAUUUCGGUUUGAAAUGUGUCAACUUGAUUCCAGUUCGACGAAAUCGUGGGGAAAAUGGCGGGAAACCAUCAUGACUCUAAACGGAGACCAAAUAAGAACAACAUGUGAUCCAGAGGAUUGGAAAACAUCAUCCGUUGUUUACCUAAACAAUGGAACAGCAACUCAUAAUGUUGAAAGAGGAGCAGGAGUACAACCAAAGGAAAGCAGUAUUGAUAGUAGCUCGUCAUCAGAAGAUAUUAAUCAUAAAAUAAAACUAGGUUACUACCUGUCGGACAGAUUGUGCGUGCUUUACACACGAAGUAAAUUUUCUCCAUGUGACUACAUAGAGCAUGAUUGCUGUACAAGACUUCACUCGGAUGAAAACAUGACAGAUAUAAAUGGAGAUAUGAUGGAGCCUUGCAGUGAAGAAUCAUUGAAUUCUUACUCAGAAAUCAGCAAACAAAUUGUCCCUAGGAAAACGAGAUCGCUGAAUGAUUUAUUGGACAAGCAGUGUCGAGUUUUUGAUAUAAAGACCACAAAAGAAUUGUUAUCUCUGAAGCGGGAUGAAAGGGUGAAGAAUGAAUUUAGUAACAAAGACAGAUUCUAUUCGGAAUCCGAAAGUUCAAGCGAUUCUGAAGGAGAAAUGGAUGAUAAGAUUAACUUACUGACCGGAAUACCAAGCGUAAUGCAAAGCCAAGGACAAGGCAGGACAGCUAGUGACCUGUGGAGUUUAGUACGGACAUACUUUAUCAAAAGGAAGAGGUUCAAGGUAAUAGGGCGAUUCCAAGAUAUCGUUCGUCAAGUCCAUUUUAGGAUAUUGAGUCAAAGGUUU